AGCUGUGCUUUACUUUCACAACCUAUUUUACCUGUACUUGAAGUCGCUGUUGGUGUUUUAAUGUUUUUUCGCUAUUCUCUACCGAACGGGCCAAAGGGGAUCAUUUAAGGCAUUAGUUAUUAAUAUGUGUCUAACCCUUUGUUAUGAUGUAAUUCCGACAAAAUUUGAAUGACUUAUAGACCACAGAAGAUCCCUCAGCUGUUCCGCCAAUUUGCUACAUCAACUAAAAUAUCACCUAAGGAAGCAAGGGAAAAUAUUACACGAGACAGAUUUUUACGAGUUGACCAUGCUGGUGAAGUUGGUGCCGAUCGUAUUUACGCCGGCCAAAUGGCUGUUCUUGGAAAAUCUGAUGUAGGAAGUGUGAUCCAGCACAUGUGGGAUCAGGAGAAGGAACACAGGAAAAAGUUUGAUGAACUUCUUCCAAAGUACCGUGCCAGACCUACUGUGAUGUUACCCAUUUGGAAUGUGGCAGGUUUUGCUUUAGGAGCUGGUUCUGCCAUGUUGGGGCCGAAAAUGGCCAUGGCAUGCACAGCAGCUGUGGAAACGGUCAUUACCGACCACUAUAAUGACCAAAUUCGCGAGCUCAUGACCAACCCAGAAGAAAACGGUGAAUUACUGAAAGUCAUAAGCAAAUUCCGCGACGAAGAAAUGGAGCAUCAUGACACGGCCAUCCUGCACAAGGCCGAAGAGGCUCCCCUAUAUCAGGUGUUCGCCCAAGCUGUGAAAAUUGGUUGCAAGGGAGCCAUCUGGAUAUCAGAAAGAAUCUAACUUAGGCUGUUUGUAUUCCCUGAUGUAUAGUCUGUCGCGACGUUAAAAUACGAUGUCCAUGUGAUAUACGUAAUACAUUUAGUUUGAUUACGUAA